AUGUCGUCAACAGGUUCAGGUACAGCCGCGGGUAAAGAGCCUCGUAUGCGGCUCAGGGAUCUUUUGCCCAACUUACACCUCGGAUACUGGGAGCCUGGUCCCCUCAAUUCGAUCACUGACGUUCCCGGUGUGCUAGUCCAUACCCAGGAGAUCUUUGCCGAUGACGGUGCCGUGAAUACCGGCAUCACGAGUAUUCUACCCCGAAAGAAUUGGUUCUAUAAUGCUUGUCACGCCGGGAUAUUUAGCUUCAAUGGCUCUGGCGAGAUGACAGGUAGCCAUUGGAUCAACGAGACCGGCUUAUUGCAUUCUCCCAUUAUCAUCACGAAUUCAUUUGCCGUGGGCGCUGCUUACCAGGGAAUCUACGAAUAUACCAUCAAGUCUCAGGGUGUUGCUAAAGGGGAAGUCGAUUGGUUUCUGUUGCCCGUUGUCGCAGAAACCUUCGAUGGGUACUUGAAUGAUCUCACUCAAUUUGUGGUCAAGCCCGAGCACAUUAUUACAGGACUCGAGAGCGUUUCAAGCGACCGCGUAAGGGAAGGGAACGUCGGUGGUGGGACUGGAAUGAUAUGCCAUUACUUCAAGGGCGGGACAGGUAGCAGCAGUAGAAUUGUGGAAGGAUUUAAUAACAAAGGCCAACCGAAGACUUAUACCGUCGGCGUACUAGUACAGGCCAACUAUGGCCGCCCACAGCAUCUCCGGAUCUCGGGAGUGCCGGUGGGGAGGAUCCUGGCUCGGGAGGCCGACGAAGCUGCUGAGAGCAAUCCGGCGAUAAAAAUGGCACGGCAAGCGCUUGAAAAGGAGAAAAAUAGGAAAGAUGGAAGCAUUAUUGUUAUAAUCGCAACAGAUGCGCCCCUCCACCCUGCUCAGCUGCAAAGGGUUGCCAAGAGAGCAACGGUGGGAUUGUCGAAGGUUGGUGGUUAUGGCCACAACCCAUCCGGUGACGUGUUCUUGGCCUUCUCGACCGGAAAUGAGAUUCCAGUUCAGUCCAUCUCGAUGGAACGGAAAGCAGUUGAUCCGUUUAAACCGACACCUGUUACAAUUGAUGUGAUAGAUGAUUCUUCGAUUAACGGGAUUUUUGAAGCCGUUGCGGACGCUACCGAAGAGGCGAUAUACAAUAGUUUAUGUAUGGCCGAAACGAUGGUGGGAAAUAAGGGGCACACGAUCGAGGCGCUUCCUCUUCAAAAGGUGAAGGAUAUUAUGGAGAGAUUAGGUUAG